AUGGUGUCUUUCCAAGACGCGGCGACAAGCUUCAUCGAGUCGAACAGCAUGCGGCACCGUUCUAUCAAUCCCCGUAAAUCCCGACGACUGGCGACCGAUUUUGGCCUCGACGCUGGGCGAGGUGCCCCUCCAGAACCGCCUUUACUCUGGCAACCGCUUCGCCGACCGCGUUUGGCGAGCUCACCCCCACUAUAUCUAGUCCCCAUUCACUCCGUUGAGUUUAUCGGACGCAUAUACCGCGUCAUCAUCGUUCUUCAACCAGGGAGCACUCUGCAUACGACGCAAGGCGGGGCUCAGCGAGGGAGGCUGAGGGAAUUCAGAGGCAAACCCAACGAGACCCUGGAAGGAGGACGUAUCCACGACCUCAUUGGCCUCGUUUAUACGACAUCGGCGUUGUCUAGUGUUGGCCGAGAGUAUCAGCUCCUCGUGGACAAGGCGAGCGCAAUGGACAUGGCUUUUCCCUACCGUGCCUCGGACGACAUCCAGACUCUCCAAAGCGACGACACAAGCUCGUAUGGAUCCCUGGCGUUAUCUCAGCGAGCUAGGCUGCGUACCCGAGGACUGGAUUUCGAAAUGGUUGGAGAAGCUUUGAUUGAACUCGACAUGAACUCGCCUCGGGCCCGCCCUGAAGUUCAGGAGCAUAUGGAUAGCCGCGCUUCGUGGGCCCAUCGUAGUAACCGCAAGACCUGGACGACUGACGAUUUGUUGCAAUGGUCUGUCUCGCAUAGAAUGCAGGCUCGUGAGUCGAUGGAUAUCUCAGAAAUUUCCGUGUCCUCCGCGCGGCAGGAUCGUCGACCCGCCAAAUCCCAUGUGGACAAUCGGCGAUAUACCCUGUGUGCUAGUAGGCCAAAGGAGGCGACGAUAGAAAAACCUCCAAAGGUUAUUCGGAAGGUGGCCAGUAUGCACGACCGAACGAAACAAACGGACAAGUCCACCCAGCGCCCCAUACAGAAGAUCAAAUCAUUACGGUUGUUUCCUUCCAGCUCAAGGCGAGAUCUCAACCGCAACGGAGAAACCAAGCAUCGUAACUGGCUAUUCUCGCGAACAUCUCACCGUCAAAACACUUCGAGCGCGGACUAUGGGAAGACGGUUGUCAGGCCCCCACCAAAUCGUACUCCCUACCCUUCUUAUUCUGCUCAGGAGAUUCCUUCGAUAACGAGGUCCCGAACAACAUACAGCAAGAGAUCUGGGGCCCAGCAGCGCGACUCUGUCUGGCUUACAGGGCUUGGUUUUUCUUUCACCGAAACUAGAUCACAAAAGGACGGCAAUGCUAGCCUUGACGACCCUAUUUCCUUUGUUGCACAACAUCACGGCACUCAUUUGACGGCUGCGAAAUCCCAUGGAAAUCUUCCUGACACCCUUGACACCUCUGAAUCCUUUAUCUGUAUCACUCCCGACAAAGCCAAGGGCGACAAGCCAGCGGAGAGGAAAACGAAGGUCCAGAAGCUGAUUGCCAGGGUGAGCAACGGGUUCCUUGGAUGGGGAAGGCAGUUGACCAGCCGCCGACAUCAAUCUCCUGGAACGAACAGGCACUCACCGCAAUAA